GGGACACCGCGAAGGAAUAGAGAUCCGUAUAAAGACUCCCGUCGGGGAUAUGGACUCAUCCGUGGACUGCCCAUCACUUUUGAGCUUCAGUGACUUGUUGGUCGCUAUAAGGGAUGUCAUGCCCGAAACCACAAUCACUGCGUUUGAAUAUGAGGAUGAGGUGGGUGAUAGAAUCACUGUGAGGAGUGAUGAAGAACUCAAAGCCAUGCUGUCAUAUGUGAGUAUUGUUCUCUUCAACAUGACACUUUGUUGGACUCCCAAACCCCCAGUUUACCUGACUAGACUCCCAAACCCCCAGUUUACCUGACUAGACUCCCAAACCCCCAGUUUACCUGACUAGACUCCCAUACCCCCAGUUUACCUGACUACACUCCUAUAACCACAGUUUACC